AAUUUGUUGACAUUUUUUUGACAAAAUGAAUCAUUUCUUUUUGAUUAUUAUUUUUAUUGUUCUCCUUACGCUUAAUUUCGAUUACGUGGCAUCUCAAUGCAAGUGCAAAGACCCAUUUUAUAGUGCCUCCUGUCAACUUGAUUCCGAUUGUUCGAAAUAUCCGGGAUAUGUUUGUUCAAAUAAUCCUAGGCAAUGGGCAAAAUAUAGAACAUGUAUUUUUGGGUGUCAUAGUGACGAUAAUUGCAAUACUGAAAGAAAUAGUAAAUGUUUGAAAACAUUUUAUCCACACUGGUUUUGUAAUUGCACUAGUGAUGUAGAUUGUCAUAGUUUUGGCCAUUGUUAUAAUGGUAUCUGUUCAACAUUUUAAAUCGUCAUUGUCAGUAUUAAUUGCAAAAAAGAAUGUUUGGGAAAAUUGCUUGUAAAUUUAGUCAAGCCGUUUAUGUUAGAAUUUUUUUAGUACAGUCCAACUCCCCUUUAUAGGCACCUCCUAUAUGAGAACUCCCUCCUUAAGGCACACAUUUUUUUAGUCCAGAUUUUUUUAUAUAAUAAAAUACCCCUUUUAUAAUCACACCAAACGUCGGUCCCAUAUUAUAGUAAAUAUAUGUAAAAUUCGAGCAUCCUUAUCGUCCACCAGAAUUUUGAUUGGACAGAAAUCAAUUAUUUUAGCGUAACAUUUAUCUCAACUCAAAUUUCGCGAUAUGUAUUUUUCAAAGUAAUUUUUGUAAUUUUUGGUGCUUUAUUAAAUUGAAUUUUUAGUGUAUAAAGAAAUUUUUUUUACUUUUUACUUGACACACUAUAUAAUUUUCUAAUAAAAAAUUUUUUUAUUAAGAAUAUUUAGUC